CAACAUCAUCAGCCUUGCCAUUCUGAUAAUACGCCCUCGUGCAGCUGUUUCGGAACACUUGCGUCAUUCGUGCUGCGUAUUGGAUAAUCACUUAGUGCCAAGAACAAAGAUGGUCAGUAGGGCGACGCUCACCUUCUUCACGACGGCCCUCUUCCUCAUCGUGCUGUGCAGCCUGACGGGGCCCUCCGAGGCUCAGAGAGCUGCCUCAUCUGGAAGGCAGUUUAAUGGAAUACUCCGGUUCUUGAGCAACUUGUUUCAGCCCGGUGAUCUCUGGAACAGGGCAAGAAGUGUCAUGCCCAGACUGACGGAUGUGGCAUCUGACGCAGCAACUGUGCUCUUUAUGCCCGCUUUGACUGUUUUGGCCAUUUCGGCUGUGUGGCCCCACUAUGAAUAUUACAGAAACAAGAGAGCAGCAGAUCAAGAAGCUGAGUCACCAGUCAACGAGCUGUCCGAACACUUGAUGAAUAUUUACUUCGCUGCCACAGAAUCGGACGAGUGCAUCCAGCGCAUCGUCUGCGAAGUUGGAGCGUCCGCCAGGUCCCUCAACUCUGAGAAUAUGACCUCUCUCAUCUCGCUGCUCAGCGCCAGCGCCCCCAGCAAGUACAACAAAUUCUUCGAGAAGUUCAAGAUGGGCAUGAAUGCUGAGAAGUGUGAGAAGAUCGGAUGCUCACUUCUCGACCAGUGAAAUGCGAAAAGGACAGCGGUCCUUUUCCCAUGAAGAGAAAGGAUGGCGUUCUGAAAGGUGUCAACAAUUGGUGUUUAAAGUAUAUUAUAUUUUAUCUUAGGUCAUAAUGCAGGUAUGUUAGUCCAGGCUUCAAACAGCGAAGAAUAUCAAGUCCUGAAAAACUCUAUCUAAAUGUCAACAUUUUCAGUUUAUUCAGUCAUUAGAUUCCUGAACGUUGGAAUCAUUAGAAGUUUCCAGUUUUAUCAAUUAAGAACAAAUCCUUCAAAGGCAGCCAUGUGAGAAUUAACAAUGUUAAUUCAUGACAAUAUCUUAGUCUCAAGACAGCAAAUGGUACCUCUAAUUAACGGUUUUUCAAGAGCGUUGAGUUGUCAUUUAUAUUACUCAUAGUAAUGGAGAGGGUCUCAACGUAUCCAAGUUAUUCUGCAAGUAGAGUUUUUGUUUUCCUUUAUUCAUAUUCUAAUUAUUGUGAUCGAGAGUACCAUACGGUAGAGACAAACACACAAGGUUUGAGAUACUUAAUAAAAAAAAAAGUUGAAAUAUAAAACUACUUUUGCCCAAGA